AUGGCCAAGGCUGCUGGUUGUAGCGAGCGUACUAUCACGCAUAUUCGAAGAAACCUACGGUUGUUUGGCAGCGCCAGUCCGCCUCUAAUCUGUGCUGGCCGGCCCAGAAGUAUUACGCCUCCGAUGCUUGACGCCCUUUGUGAUUACCUCACCGAAAAACCCGGCCUUUACGUUGAUGAGAUGGUCAUCUUUCUUCAGGAUGAAUUUGAUAUACUAACGUCAACAGCUAGCGUUAAACGGGCGCUUUGUCGCGCAGGUUGGACCAAAAAAAAAGCUCAACAGAGAGCAAAAGAGCAGAACCCCGAGCUACGCGAUUUCUACCUGCAUAAGCUCUCCGAAUUUAGUUCAUAUCAUCUGGUCUAUGUUGAUGAAUCUGGAUGUGAUAAACGGAUAGGGUUUAGGCGGAGUGGUUGGUCUCCACUGGGUGUGACGCCAGUCCAAGUGUCAAGGUUCCACCGGGGCCAACGUUACCAGAUACUACCUGCCUAUACCCAGGACGGCAUUAUCCUUUCUCGUGUCUUUACGGGAUCAACUGAUGCGGCUUUCUUUGAGGAUUUUAUUGGGCAGCUGCUCCAGCACUGUGGGCGGUGGCCGGAACCAAACUCUGUCCUAGUGAUGGAUAACGCGUCGUUCCACCACUCAGCUAGGAUAAAGCAGAUGUGCUUUGAUGCAGGAGUGAAAUUACUAUAUUUGCCACCCUACUCACCGGAUCUGAACCCAAUAGAGGAAUUCUUUGCUGAGUUGAAGGCUUAUAUUAAGAAGAACUGGUCAUUAUAUGAGGAAAAUCCUGAUCAGGGUUUCGGCGUUUUCCUUCAGCGAUGUAUUGAUGUUGUUGGUGCGAAAAAAGAGAGUGCCGCAGGCCACUUUCGAAGUGCUGGGGUAUCAAUUGAGCAGUGCGGUUUUGAGUAG